CGGACGGAGCGACUUUCUCUCUCUCUCUCUCUCUCUGCAACUUCACGAGGAAUUGUCGCCCGGGGUUCUGCAUGGCUGGAUGGACUUGAGUUUAUUCCGCAGCACGCUGUUGGAUAUUGCCUCUAACCCUGGGCAGUUUCAAGUUUUAGGCUGGUUUUCAGGAGGGAAAAGAAAAAGAAAAAAGUUUUUGUCGCUUAUGGACUUAAUGAGAGGCUGAGAGGAGAGACGUGGAAGUGAGGCACAAUAUAAUCUGCAAGUUGUCGCCAUGUCCAUGCUUCCAACGUUUGGCUUCACGCAGGAACAAGUGGCGUGCGUGUGCGAGGUCCUCCAGCAAGGGGGGAACAUCGAGCGGCUGGGCCGCUUCCUCUGGUCCCUGCCGGCGUGCGAGCACCUCCACAAGAACGAGAGCGUCCUCAAGGCGAAGGCGGUGGUGGCUUUCCACCGGGGGAACUUCCGAGAGCUCUACAAGAUCCUGGAGAGCCACCAGUUCUCCCCGCACAACCACCCGAAGCUGCAGCAGCUGUGGCUCAAGGCGCACUACAUCGAGGCGGAGAAGCUGCGCGGCCGGCCGCUCGGCGCCGUGGGAAAGUACCGCGUCCGGAGGAAGUUCCCGCUGCCGCGCUCCAUCUGGGACGGAGAGGAGACCAGCUACUGCUUCAAGGAGAAGAGCCGGAGCGUGCUGCGGGAGUGGUACACCCACAACCCCUACCCGUCCCCGCGGGAGAAGCGGGAGCUGGCCGAGGCCACGGGACUCACGACCACGCAGGUCAGCAACUGGUUCAAGAACCGACGGCAGCGCGACCGAGCGGCGGAGGCGAAGGAGAGAGAAAACAACGAGAACUCCAACAGCAAUAGUCACAACCCAUUGACUUCCUCUAUGAACGGGAAUAAAACUCUAUUGGGGAGCUCGGACGACGAUAAAACGCCGUCGGGGACUCCGGAUCACACGUCUCAGAGCCCGGCUCUGCUCCUCGGCCCCAACUCCGGUUUACCGUCCCUGCACGGCCUCGCGCCUCCGCCGGGACCGAGCGCCAUCCCGGUACCGGGCGGCGCAGACUCGGUGCACCACCACCACUCUUUGCACCACGACACCAUACUGAACCCUAUGUCUUCUAAUCUCGUGGACCUUGGCUCUUAAAAAAAAACACAAAAGAAAAAAAUGAGGACAGAGCAUCAUUCUUCUUUU